AAAAAAGUGAAUGAAAGCAGAAACAGAAAAGUGAGAACUAGAAAUCUAAAUAUCAGCAAUGGUUUGACUAAACAAAAUCAUUUGUUAAAUAAAUUAUUCCGUCCUUUGUGACGAUCUGUACAGCAAUUAAAAAAUGUCUGCAGACAUUUUGCGAAGAAAUCCACAGGAUGAUUUUGAACUGAUUCAGCGUGUGGGGAGUGGCACUUAUGGCGAUGUAUACAAGGCAAGAGAUUUGAAUAAUGGGGAGCUGGCUGCCAUCAAAGUUAUAAAGCUAGAACCAGGAGAUGAUUUUGCUGUUAUCCAACAAGAAAUCAUUAUGAUGAAAGACUGCAAGCAUCCAAAUAUAGUUGCCUACUUUGGUAGUUAUUUGCGGCGUGAAAAACUUUGGAUUGCCAUGGAGUAUUGCGGUGGUGGAUCUAUGCAAGACAUUUAUCAUGUUACUGGACCACUGAGUGAACCGACUAUAGCCUUCGUUUGUAAGGAGACAUUAAAAGGAUUAAGUUACUUGCACAGACGAGGAAAGAUGCACCGAGACAUUAAGGGUGCUAACAUUUUGGUUACUGAUGAGGGAGACAUUAAACUUGCUGACUUUGGAGUAUCUGCUCAAAUCACCGCCACAAUGUGCAAACGCAAGUCUUUCAUUGGCACUCCUUACUGGAUGGCACCCGAAGUUGCGGCUGUCGAGAGGAAGGGAGGCUACAAUCAACAAUGUGAUAUAUGGGCUGUUGGUAUAACUGCUAUAGAGUUUGCUGAGCUGCAGCCACCAAUGUUUGAUUUACACCCCAUGAGGGCGCUGUUCUUAAUGUCAAAAAGUGGAUUCAAGCCUCCUCAGUUAAAAGAUAGAAAUAAGUGGUCCAGUGUAUUUCAACAUUUCAUUAAAGUGGCCUUAACCAAAAAUCCUAAAAAACGACCAUCGGCUGAUAAAUUGAUAGAGCAUCCAUUUUUACAAGGAGAUUUGAGUCGAAAACUAACCAAAGAACUAUUAGAGAAGUCGAGAAACCCAACGCACACAUUUGAUUUGACAGAGGAUGAAGAUGGGCUUCUGUCCAAUGUGCCUAAGAGAAUACCAUCCAAUAAAACAUCCCGCCAACUUGCCGCCACAAAUAGUAUUGAGCUCAAAGUCAACAUCAACAUGGAUCAAAGUGAGGAUGAGAAAUUCAACACAGCCAAACCCUGGUUAGAGGAUGAACAGUCCCACAAGAGCUUGCUUGAGUGCGUUGAGGAGGAGCUGUCUCAAAGAGGUCAUCGAAGUAGUUUAUGUUUAGAGGAUGACAUUCCCUCGGUUCAUGAAAAGCCAACAUUGCAACUAACACCAUCUUCAGCUCAACCUGCUAAGCCGGCCAGAAUAUUAGAUCAGCCGUUGCCACAUAAAGGCAGGAGAGAGAGACACGGAGGCAAGUUUGCUGAUGCAGCAGCCAGUGACGAUUCAGAGCUGCUGGAGGAUGAAGGACCUGACAUGGAGUCUUUGAUUGACAGAAUGUUAACUUUAACACCACAGGCUUCUCACCCCUCUUCUCUCCCUGGACUUGAGGUUACAUCUCGGAAGAAACGGGACGAAAGCAUUGAGGAUCCAGAGAGUCCUCCAAUCUUGCCUCCCAAGAAGUCCCCUCCCUCACCUUACUCUAAUGGAGACGUGUUACACCCCCACAAUGGAGACUCGCCUGGUGGAGAGGAGAGCGAUCAACCUCCAGCCAUACCUCCAAGACGGAAAUUAAAAAAAGAAGAUAAUGUACAAACUAGUCAGCAACGUCCUCUCAGCAAUGGUCUUCCACCUACCCCUCAAGUACAUAUGGGUGCUUGUUUUUCUAAAGUCUUCAAUGGCUGUCCAUUACAUAUAAACUGCACGGCCAGUUGGGUUCACCCAGAGACUCGAGACCAGUACAUCUUUAUUGGCGCCAAUGAAGGUCUCUACACACUCAAUUUAAAUGAAAUACACGAGGCUUCCAUGGAACUUGUUCACCCAAGGCGAUGUAUUUGGCUUUAUGCUAUCAAAGAUAUACUCAUGUCUUUAUCAGGUAAAACCCCGACUUUGUACAGACAUGAUUUGAUGAUGCUUCACACCAGACAGACGAGUCGCUUCUCUCUACCCAUGAAUAAAAUUCCAGAAAAACUAGUUCCAAGGCGCCUGCAGCCCACAGUGAAAGUGCCAGAUACCAGAGGCUGUUUACGCUGUUGUGUUGGGCGUAAUCCGUAUAAUGGCUACCGUUACCUUUGUGGUGCAUUGAUUAAUGGUGUGAUACUCAUGCAGUGGUACGAGCCUCUGAACAAGUUCAUGUUGCUUAAGACCUUUGAGACAGAACAAAUGCCAUCCCAGCUCCAAGUUUUUGAAAUGUUCAUUAGUCCAGAGCUGGAGUACCCCAUGGUUUGCUUUGGAGUCAGGAAAGGGGUGGAUAGAAAUCAUGUGAAAUUUGAUGUGAUCAACUUGAAUAGUAUGUCUAGCUGGUUCACUGACAUAGACUCAGCUGUGGAUUUACUGCCUGUUGUCAAUGUCACACAGUUAGAAAAAGAUACAGUCUUGAUAUGCUACGACAAAUAUGUGAAAGUUGUAAGUUUGAGCGGGAAACUAAAGUCGAGCAGACGUCAGCAGGCAGAACUUCACUUUGACUGUACAGUAGAUUCCUUAGUGACUCUCCAAGACAGUGUGCUGGCUUUUCACAGGCAUGGCAUGCAAGGGAGGAGUUUCAAAGGCAAUGAGGUAACUCAGGAAAUCAUUGACAAGUCCAGGAUAUUCAGGUUGCUGGGCUCAGACAGAGUUAUCUGCUUGGAGAGUAGACCAACACAUGACCCAAAUGCCAACUCUAAUCUCUAUGUGCUGGCUGGCCAUGAAAACACUUACUAAGUGGACAGAAGUAGCCCGCACUUUCUCAAGGAUUCCUAAGCCAAGUGAUUCUUGGAUAUCUGCAAAGAAGAAACAUGCCUCCCUUUUGGGAGGGAUUUCGAAGAGUGGAUUGUCCCCCCCCCCCUUGCCAGCCAUCUUGACAGCUGCUGAGUUGUUCAUUGUGUACAUGUGGUCUCAUUGUUUGUUUGAUGGAGACUUGUCUUCCCAACAAAAGAAAUGUAAUCAAGUCAGCAGGCACAACAGGCUAACAGUUGCAUGUGAUAAAUGUAAUCAAGUCAGCAGGCACAAGAGACUGUUGCAUGUGAUGCCAUGGGCAAUUCGACAAACAUAAUUUUUUUUUAGUAGCUCAAUCUACAUAGAGCCAGUCAGGUGUUCAUAUUUAUUGUAACGAGACGUACCAUUAAGAAAGAAAAAAAGAUUAAUUAAUUAUACGUAUUAUAAAACAUUUGGUUGUGUACUUUCUUUUUGAUUUUCUUGAAACAAUGAACCAGAUAUUUACACCCAACAAAAAAAUUUAUAUAUAUAUAUAUCUAUACAGCACAUAUUGACUUCAAAGCCUAGUUUGGCCCUGCAUAUGAAACAACAGUAGACUCCAUUUUUUUUUUUUUCUGUGUGAGUUGUCUAUUUAGGCAAGAAUCUUGUUGCCUUCAAGUCUAGUGCUUCACUCUCUCCUGAUAGUUCAUCUGUAGGUGUUUGCUUUCGUGAAGAAUACUUUGAAAUAACUUGUACAGCUACCGCCUGUAAUUUUGCGUUUGAAAGAUUUGUCCAAAGACUACACAGGAGGACAAUACUGAGGUACAUGCUGGUCCAUGGUCACUCGUUUCAUUGGUUGAAUGUUGUCGGUAGUUCACUUUCAAAACUAUAAUCCUCCACCGUCUCUACUGACAUAUAUUUGUAUUAUUGCAUAAUAAGCCCACUGUGGCUUGCUGUGGAUGUGUUCUGAAGCUAUGCAUCACAAGUUUGAAUGCACAAAUACUAAUGUACAAAACUGGACAGUAUGUCAUGCAUGAUUCUCAACUCAUUCAUUGUAUGACAUUUUUUGUUUUUUUUUUUGCUUGAAUUAAUUAUUGACCUUUUUUUUUUUUUUAAGCUCCUUAUUUAUUUAUUUUUUUGUUUAAAGAAACCCCACCCUCCCACCCCCUGCCAGUUUCUAUUGUUCCAGAGACCCUUUCAGUUCUGUUUCUUCCUCCCCCCCCCCCCCCUUUCAAGAUCAUCUAGCUUUUGUUUCUCUCUAUGAGUGCAAGAUUUUGAGUAGGUAUUUGAAACUCCUGCUGUGUGAUAGGAGUUGUUCACUUGUUAUGUAUAUACAAAUCUUGGGAUGUAUAUAAAAAAUAGUGCCUCAAUCUUUGUUCUAGUUCUAGCCGAGAGUUUUUUGUUUUGUUUCAUCUAGGAAGGAGGAAUCACUUGCCUAUGUCAAGGAAGAUUGUCAACUCUUUUUUUUUUUUUAUUUAAUUCAAUGCCUACAUGCCAUUUUGUAUCUUGCGGUAUCAAUAUUAUUUGUUUUUUUGUGCUGUUGUUAUGUUUUGUUGUCUUUCAGUUCCCAAAGAAAUGUUUUAUCUCAGACAGAUCUGAGCCAAUACAAAAAUCUUUAGGCUUAAGGUUGUGUGUGUGUUGACAUGGAGUCAAGUCAUUCAUGCAGAGACCACUCUAAUUACACUCAGCGCUAGGGACAACUUUCUGUUGUACUUAACACGCCCAUGGUUUUGGUUUUCAUAAUCAGAACAGCUUAUCUCUAUGAUCAGGGUGAUACUUUAAUUGAAUAUGUUCACGGGGAAAAUUAUAUUAUCAUAUUAAUAAAUUAUAUUAUAUUUUGUCUUGAAAGUUGAACUCGGAUUGCUUCCUGUUCUCAUCAUGGUACACCUUCAUGGGUUUAACCAACCGAGACAUUAAUACCAAAAUAUAUACGUUUUUUUUCAGAACUCAAUAAUAUGCUAUUUAAAAAAAUCUAUAAAGUUUAUUCAGAAACCUUAGAUGUGUUAUUAUAAAGUCUAUUCAGAACCCUAUGCUAUUAUAAAUUUCAUUCUUUUGUUAAUUUCUUUGAAAAGAAAAAAACUGUCAUGAAACUUGAUCUCUUUUUAUAUUGCCAGCAAGAGUGAAGUUCUUCUCUAGAGUGCUGUCUUUUCUCACCUCUUCUCCUGAAGUGGUCCUGGUCAUAAUGUCAGGCCCCCCUUUGGAAUUACAGCUUUUGAAUACACUAAAAGAUGGAUUGAACUCUUCACCAGAACAAACAAGCCCAGACAACUUGAUGCUAGCAGGGAAUUAAGUCCCCUUGUAUCUUCUGACAGGUCUGUGUUGUAUCCAGGGCUGUAGAGAGAUAAGCUGUGUUCCUGCUGUAGUGCUCUAUUGUGCUGGUAGUCUUUCAACUGGGUGGGGGGGGGGGGUCCAAGACAUUCUUGUAACUUAUUGACUUUGUCAGGGGCCUGAGAUUUGUAGAAGAGUUACUAUCUCCCUUCCAUUCUUUGUUUUGUACAUUCACAGACUUAGAUGAGAGUGAUGGAUUACAGAGUCCAUUUAUGAUAUGGAACAGUUAGUUGAGAUAACCUGUCACCUGAACAGAUCUUGGAAGCUCUCUAAAAUGAAAACAAAAAAAAAUCAACUUAUCUUAUUGAAUGUGGUCAUGUUUUCAGCUAUUUUUUUUUUUUUUUUUACUUUGCUUUCUGACUUGACAUUAACAAGCUUGACAAAAUAGGUGGAUCUCAAACUAUGAAAUGUUGACCAACUCUUUUGUCUUGAAAGUUGCUUCCUGUUCUCAUCAUGGUACACCUUCAUGGGUUUAACCAACCUGAUAUAACAAAAUAUAUUCCAUCAUUUUAUAUUAGUAUGUAUUGAACGAGUUAAUAACACAUAUGAUUAUAUUUAUUUGCGUCUAAUCAGAAUUUUUCACAAGCUUCUAGUGUAGCCACUUCUUGUAGUUAGUUGGUUUUUUUUUGUCAUUAUGAACUGUGCCAGGUUGUUGGUACCAUUGAGGAUUCCCAUCCCCCUGAAUUCUACUAGCUUCCUAUCUUCAACAUGUUUAAUGGCUUAGCUUAUUGGGAUCACCCAGCUGUCUGUGUGUGUGUGUAUGUUUUUAAAAACUAAUUUAGCAAUGGCCAAUCAAUGUUUGUGUGUCAUGUGUGUGUGUGUGUGUUUUUUUUUUUAAAUAAUUUAGCAAUGGCCAAUCAAUGUAUGUGUGUUUGUGUGUGUGUGUUUUUAAAAACUAAUUUAGCAAUGGCCAAUCAAUGUUUGUGUGUCAUGUGUGUGUGUUUUUUUUUUAAUAAUUUAGCGAUGGCCAUCAAUGUUUGUGUGUGUGUGUUUAUAAAAACUAAUUUAGCAAUGGCCAAUCAGUGUUUGUGUGUUAUGUUCUCAUGAAAUGUAUUUCUCAUAUGUUUUGCUCAACAUGAUGAUUGUGUUAAAUAGACCUAGUUGUAUGAUUGUUUUAAUUAGACCUAGAGAUUGUCAGUAUGAUUGUGUUAAAUAGACCUAGACAUGUUAAAUAGACCCAGACAUAAAAUGUAUGAUUGUUUUAAUAGACCUAGGCAUAGAGUGUAUAAUUCUUUUAAAUAGACCUAGACAUUGUAUGAUUGUGUUAAAUUGACCUAAACAUAGCUGUAUGAUUGUGUUGAAUAGACCUAGACAUUGUAUGAUUGUGUUAAAUAGACCUAAAAAAAAGUCUGUUGUAUUGGCUGACAUUCCAAGUUUGUUUCUAAGCUGCAGCCCUUCCUUCAAAAUGAAGAUAUUACCAACAAGCCAAACACAGCCCUGCAGGAAGUCAAUAAGAUGUGUUUGAACUCAAGAUCCAACACAAAGAUUGAAGUACACACGACACUGCCACAUUUACAUGAGGCCAUUUGUUUGACAGUUACCACCAUGACUUCUGAUAGUUCCUGUGAUGAAAGCUGAUUGAUGAGUCAUUGAAGUGUCUAGGUUGGCUUUAUAUUUGAUAUUGAUAUGGCCACAGUUUAUGCUAGAAUGUUUACUGUUUAGCCAUCUAAAUUGUUGUUGUUUUUUUUUUUUUGGUGAACAUUUUUUUUUUUGGUUCUGGCUGCUCCUGCAUGGUGAUGACUUUGUUUUAGAAUACCAAGUGAUAUUUGUUGAUCUUUUCACACACCUUGUGUACGUACUCAACCUAGAUAUGUGGUGAAGAAAACAGCCCAGCUUUCAACCACAAACCCAGUUCAUAAAAUGUGUGUGUGACCUGCAUGACUAAAUGGGGUUAUGACCCCAAGGGCUGGGGAACCACUGACACAGAUUGUUGCUCAAAGUGACAUUUUUUUGUCUGCAAGCAGUGGACCAACUCCAGUGCUUGCCCCUUUAGGUCAUGGUGACCUCUGGCCAACAUCUGAAAUAGUGCCAAGUAAAAGAAAACCAAAUUACUUUUAUUGAUUUAAAAAAAAAAAAAUAUGUCAAGUUUUGUAUAUUUCUGUGGAGUGUUUUGCUCAUACUUUAUUAUUUAUUUCACUCCUAGAAUGUAUGAGAAGAACUGAACCUAAUUGUAUGAUAUAUUUACACUCAAAACAUAGCAUGCUGUAUUAUCUGUAGAUCUUAUGCAUGGAGUUUCACUCUUCUUUCUUUGAAGUUACAUUUCUUCUCUACUCAUCAAUGACCUUGAACUUGUACAUAGCACAGAAGAAUAUUUUGAUUGCAGAUUUAUUUUAUUAAUUAUUAUUUUUUUUUUAAUUUACUUUUUUUUUUUUUUGUUUUGAACUCAGAACUACUAUUGUUUCAUAGUUAUUGACUAAAUCAUGGGCGUGCCUGCUGGUUUGAUUUGGUCUUGUGAUAUGCAGUCCCCCCCAAAGUUUUUUUUUUUUGUUUUGAUCGUGUUACAGCUAGUCACAUUGAUUUCAUAUAUGCAUCAAUAUAGUAUUGGCCGUCUCAUUGAUUUUAUCUUCAUCUUCUCUGAAGCAUCUUACCGAGGGCUGUACAUUGUUGGACAAAAAAAAAAUCACAUUGAGUAUAUGUGUAUGUAGUUGAUACUACUUGGUCUAUAUUAUGUAUAAAUAAUGCUUAUUAAUAUUAUUAUUGAUAUUUGUUUUGUGUUUUUUUUUCUCUCUCUUAUUGCGUUAAUGCUGAUAGAUUUUUGAAUGUUUUUCAUUCUCGUGAGUGAUCACCAACUAAAUGUUGAGAACUUGUUUUGUAAGUGUGUUCAAAAAAUAAAAACAAAAUGAUAUGUACAUA